AUGUCGUCGGGCAAGGUCAAGGCGGUUGCGCUCUGGAGCAAGAACAAGGAUGAGUUGACGAAGCAACUCGGCGAGCUCAAGACUGAGCUCGGCCAGCUCCGCAUCCAGAAGGUCGCUUCUUCCGGCAGCAAGCUGAACAAGAUGCCACUUGUGCUAAUCCGGUGGAUCUCCAGUCACGACCUCCGCAAGUCCAUCGCUCGCGUCCUCACCAUCAUCAACGCCAAGCAAAGGGCUCAGCUCCGCCUGUUCUACAAGAACAAGAAGUACGCUCCUCUCGACCUCCGACCCAAGCAGACCCGCGCCAUCCGCCGCCGAUUAUCCCCCGAAGACAAGGCCCGCGUGUUGCAGAAGGCCAAGAAGCGCACCGUUCACUUCCCCCAGCGCAAGUUCGCCAUCAAGGCUUAA